AUGUCCUAUACCACCGUCGCCACCACCACCACCAUCACCAACGGCAUCACCGCCGUGGACUGCCAGAAACAAGUCCGGUCACGGAGACUCCUCCGUGCUCUCUUACAACUCCUAAUCCCAACUUGCUACUGCACCAUCACUGAAGAAGAACAAGAAACCAAACCAUCAACCACCUUUAAAUUACUCCAAUACUACCUAAAACCCACCUUCAAUUCCUCCUCCACCACAAUCACCGGCACCAUAUUCGGGUAUCGCCGCGGCAAAGUAAGCUUCUGUAUUCAAUCCAACUCCAAAUCAACAACAAACCCAAUUCUCCUCCUUGAAUUAGCAGUCCCCACAAUCACUCUAGCCAAAGAAAUGAAAGGUGGAGUGCUACGUAUAGCAUUAGAGUGCAAUAUUAAUGCAUAUGACUCUCAAUGUAACGAUAAUUCACUACUUCUGUCAAUGCCAUUGUGGACUAUGUAUUGUAAUGGGAGGAUAGUAGGGUAUGCAGUUAAGAGAAGACCUUCAAAGGGUGACAUGGAUGCAAUUAACCUAAUGAGCUCCAUUGUUGCAGGAGCUGGAGUUAUAAGUGGCAAAGAGCUUGAGAUUAUGUAUCUUAGAGCGAAAUUUGAGACAGUUCUCAGUUCAAGUGAUUCUGAAUCGUUUCAUUUGAUCGACCCAGAUGGGAGUAUCGGUCAAGAGCUCAGUAUCUUCUUUCUUCGGUCACAGAAAACCACCGCCUCUUCCCCUUCAAGUACACGCCACGUUCAACGAAAAAUAACGACGAUCCAAGACCCUCGUGCGGCUACUUGUACCGAUUUUAUCAAUUUCCUCCCCCACGUGCACUGCCGCCCUAAAUGUCGCUAUUACUCCCUACACACAACCACCUCCUCCACCAAAUUUUUUUAUUCUCAAUAUGGGUCCCAUGAUUUAAUCACCACCGUCCGAUACAGUUCACGGACUGGAUUCGACAUGAAUGGCAAUGAUUUCCACGUGUAUAUGGCAUUGACAAAUAAGCUUCGACCAGGCUGUCGAUUUAAAAUUGCUGCAAUUUCUCCUUCUAUAUAUAUGAACAAAAGAGGGCACAGAAAAGUGAAAAACAGGGGAAGGUGA